GUCAACUGCGGAGGUCCGCCUUGUUGUCUGCCGCCAGGUCCCUUGUCCCUGUCAAGCUUUCAGUAAAAUAAAAUAUUAGUAAUUAAUGAGCGCGCUGUAUUAAUGUGUUUAAAAAAAUUUAAAGUAGGUUCCACUGAAAGGUGAAACAAGACUUGUCAUGGUAAUUGCGCUGAUGUUGUAGUAGUAGACAAAAUCUAAUGGUAAAACAGAGCGGAUGCUUUCCUCUGGAGAGCACGUUUCCUUCCGGAAGAGAACUCAGUUGCACCACCACUAUUGAAGGCAGGUCUUUGGCUGUUAUCGUUUGUUAAAUUUCUGGCUUGGAGAAACGAUGGACGAAGAACCAGAGAGAGCCAAACGCUGGGAAGGAGGCUAUGAGAGGACAUGGGAGGUGCUGAAGGAGGACGAAUCUGGCUCACUCAAAGCCACAGUGGAAGAGAUCCUGUUCCAGUCCAAAAGGAAAAGGGUGAUAGAGAGCCAUGAACAAGUGAGGCUUGGGAUGAUGCGUCACCUCUAUGUGGUGAUUGACUGUUCAAGAAGUAUGGAAGACCAGGACUUGAAACCAAACCGCCUCACCUCUACUCUAAAGCUGAUGGAAGCUUUUGUCGACGAGUAUUUCGACCAAAACCCCAUCAGUCAGGUGGGCAUUAUCACCACAAAGAAUAAAAGGGCUGAGAAGUUGACUGACCUGACAGGAAAUCCAAAGAAACACAUUACUGCUCUGAAGAAAGCAGUGGACACUGUGUGUGUAGGAGAGCCUUCUCUGUACAACUCUCUAAACCUGGCCAUACAGUCCCUCAAGCACAUGCCUGGACAUACGAGCCGGGAGAUCCUGAUAAUCCUCAGUAGCCUCACCACAUGUGACCCGGCCAACAUAUAUGAGCUGAUCAAGACCCUGAUUUCUCUGAAGGUGCGGGUGUCAGUAAUCGGCCUGUCAGCAGAGGUCCGGGUGUGUACGGUUUUAACCAAGGAGACGGGUGGCAUGUACCACGUUAUCCUGGAUGAAAGUCACUUCAAAGAGCUUCUGAUGAUGCAUGUCAAACCCCCUCCAGCCAGCUCCUCAUCUGAAUGCUCUUUAAUACGCAUGGGUUUUCCUCAGCACACUAUCGCUGCUCUGACUGACCAGGAUGCCAAGCCUUCAUUCAGCAUGUCUCAUCUGGACAGCAGCAGUGGUCCAGGUCUGUCUCUGGGAGGAUACUUCUGUCCGCAGUGCCACGCCAAGUACACAGACCUUCCUGUGGAGUGUAAAGUCUGUGGUUUGAUUUUGGUGUCAGCCCCCCAUCUCGCCAGAUCCUUCCACCAUCUCUUCCCUCUCGAGGCCUUUGUAGAGAGCCCUGUGGAGGAUCUCCAAGGAGACAGGUUCUGUCAAGCUUGUCAAGGGGAGCUAAAGGAUAAAAGUAUAUUCACCUGUACAUCAUGUCACAGUGUGUUCUGUUCGGAGUGUGAUCUCUUCAUCCAUGAUUCGCUCCACUGCUGCCCCUGCUGUAUUCACAGUCAGAUCGCCCCCUGAAACUGAGAGGCUGACUGUCAGACAGAGACUGAAACAAACUCAGUGGCCAUGUAUAUAGUAGUCAUAAUGUAUGGGGUUUAUCCAUACAUUGUGACCAUGCUAGCUCAUCAUAUCCAUCCUAUCAGUCAGUGCCUUUGAUAGGACAGAUAUGAUGCACACAGGCUGGCUUUGGACCAUCCAAAUGGUCGUAUUUAAAGGUGUUGAAGAAUGGCACAAAAUAUUGGAUAAUCACUUGAAGGUGGAGAGAGCUAUAUUCUGGCUAAAGAUGGUGCUGAGUAAGGCCAAAGCUCCUGUCUGCUCUGAGAACUUUGUCAGAAAUGUUUCUUGUACAUUCUUGAUACACAGUUUUGUACCACAGUUCUGAUUGUGACAUGGUAGGUACAAUAAAACUGAUUUUUUUGUA